AUGGCACGAAACGCAUUGGCUAAAGAGCAAAUUGUCAAGCUCAUUGUCGGAGCUGGUCAAGCCAGUCCCAGUCCACCUGUUGGUCCGGCCCUGGGAAGUAAAGGUGUCAAGUCCAUGGACUUUUGCAAGGAAUUCAAUGCCCGCACAGCUCACAUCAACACCGGUGUCCCCAUUCCCGCCCGUGUCACCGUCCGCCCCGAUCGAUCCUUUUACUUUGACCUCCGCACCCCGACCACCACCUACCUCCUCCUCAACGCUGCCAACGUCGAACCCCGGAAGAACCGACUGCGUGGCGCGAUGAAUCCCGGCCAUGAAGUGUGUGGCCAGAUUUCCCUCAAGCACGUUUAUGAGAUCGCUCAAAUUAAGCACACCGAGACGCGGUUAUCAGGCUUGACCUUGGAGGGCUUGUGUAAGAGUGUCAUCUCUCAGGCCAAGUCCAUUGGUAUUCAGGUUAUUCCCUGA